CCCGAUAAUUGCAUGAGAGUCUCCGGUCACAAAAGCAGAUUCCUCAACGAUUAUCGCGGCGGUGAAAUGUGUCUCCUGCUUUCUGUGCGCUCUUAUCGUCCUGCUCGAUACUCCGCGUUGGCCUGACAUGGAGCGGAGCUCCUAUAAAAGACCGCCUGAACACUGUGUUCUCAUCGACCUUCGUCUGGAAAGAAGCUUCGGUCACAGAAUGUCGAGGGAUCCGCUAAUCCUGGGCCAUGUCGUGGGCGAUGUGUUGGACCCGUUCGCUCGAUCGGUGUCGCUCGGUGUCAUGUACAAGAACAGGCUGGUCAUCAAUGGCAGCGAGUUCAAGCCGUCUGCUGUGGUCGACAAGCCUCUUGUUCAGGUUGGAGGAGACGACCUGCGCAUCUUCUACACGCUCGUGAUGGUGGAUCCCGACGCCCCCAACCCGAGCAACCCGACGCUCCGGGAGUACCUCCACUGGUUGGUGACGGACAUCCCAGCGACCACAAACGCAAGCUUCGGAAGGGAGAUCGUGUGCUACGAGUGCCCCCGGCCGGCAGCAGGGAUCCACCGGGUGGUGUUCGUGCUGCUCCGCCAGAUGGGAAGGGAGACGGUGUUCACGCCGGAGUUGCGCCACCACUUUAGCACAAAAAGGUUCGUCAUGGAGCAUUACUUGGUGCCUGUGGCCGCCACCUACUACAACUGCCAAAGGGAGGCCGGCACCGGCGGAAGAAGGUUCAUAAGAGAUGACCGAUGCUGAGAGCAAUAUAUAUAUAUAUAUAUAUAUAUAUAUAUAUAUAUAUAUAUACACUAGAAAAGCUGUAUUAGCGUUUCAAGGCAUACAUCCAAGCAAUCGCAGUAUUAUCUCUCAUAACCACAUAUAGAUUCUGACAGAAGCAAGAGUCUUUGGCACAAGCAGCACUUCCAUGUUUCCAAUAUGUACACUUGUGGAAUACCAGAACUGAUAAUUAAAGUAAUCCACUUAUAAAGUGAA